ACCAGGGUGCUUAGAAGCAUUUCUAUACAAUUGAGAUAGUACGCGUUCCUCGCACGCGUAGAACGGAACACUUCGUCCCCGUUCGGUCAUUUAACGAGCUUCUUCUAAAGCUUCUUAAAAGGAAGAGGAGGAAAACUCACAUAUUGUAUAGUUGUCCCUCGACGUUAUUGUUUCAUCUCAUUCUGGAUGGUUGACAAUAAAAUAAAACGUUGAAGAAAAAGACCAUGUACAAUGGAAGGUUCAAAUUUCGAACGCAGCGUAAACUUCGAGGAGAACCGUAAAGAAGAAUCCAGAGUGAAAUCAUGGAGCGAUUUAAUCGCUACAACUACCACAACAACUACUACUACUACUACUAAGACAGAUCUUCUUUUACGUGCCUUCAUCCUCCUGAUAAUCUUCUUCGGCGAAUCAUCUUCCAUUGCCUGUUCCGUGCAACGUUUUCUGCACGAUUUCAUUUAGAAUUAAAUCAAUCGUUUCCCGAUAAUGUGUUGGAUAUGUUGAACGAUACCAUUGAAAAAUGUUUCAAAGAGCAAACUUAAACAUGGGUAGCGGAAAUGUUGGGGAAGUAGCAACGAUAUUUCAUCCCCGACGAUCUCGUGCACCAAGUAUAGUCCUUAGCGAGGAUCAACAAAACCAUGGUCCAAUUGCCAGUCCUAUUCAAGUUGUGCUGGAUUCGACAGAGUGCGAGCAACAACAAGGUUGCAGCGUUGCUGGUGGAUGCGGUGAUUCAGCAUCAAGUUGUAGAUCUUUAGAAACAAGUGGUAGUGGUGUAGGUUCCGGAACUGGUACUGGUAUUGCUACCGGAAGUACAGGAGGACCUGGUGGUGGUGGUGGUGGUGGUGGAGGAGGUCAGGGACAUAGUACCUCUUUAAGUCAAACUCAAUCUACGUGUAAUGUGACUACACCUUCUGUAGCUUAUCAACAAUCCAGACCGAACAAACUCUCCGCUUGUUAUGCAUCCUGUUGUGCAGAGUCUGCAAGAAAAAUAUAUUUUGGCGUGUGUGUUACAAUAUGUGUGACGGCUAGUUGGGUUGGAGCAACCCACUGCAUAAAAUAUUUAUACUUUCAUAAGCAAACGAGCCCUAGUUAUACAUCCGCAUCAAAUGUCUCCGUUACCGAGCCCCGUCAUCAGCAUACUGUGCUUCCAUACAAUGCACCCUUCUUCACAACAUGGUUCUGCACAAACUGGGAAGUAUUAUACUUUCCAGUUUAUUUCAUUUGCCGAGCAGUUAGAACGAAAUGCACGACACCAUCAGAAAUAUUAGCUGAAAGUCUUCGUGGAUUUCGAGACAAAGGUUUCACUGGUGGACGUUUCCUCGUUAAAUGUAGUCUCUUCUGUGGACUUUGGGUUGUUACUAAUUACAUGUACAUCUACUCGUUGAGGAUACUUUUGGCUACUGACGUGAUGGCAUUGUUUGCUACCAAUGUUUCCUGCGUUUAUCUUCUAUCUUGGGUGAUCCUUCACGAGCAAUUUGUUGGAGUUAGGAUAGUAGCAGUGAUCCUAUGCAAUACUGGCAUAGCUCUUCUAGCUUACAUGGAUGGUAUUACAGGAAGUCCAACAUUGGGUGGUGUAGUUCUAGCAACAACUGCAGCAGCUGGAUCUGCUGUUUACAAAGUGGUAUUUAAAAAAGUUAUAGGAGAAACGACAUUUGGUCAAAUGUCAUUAUUCUUUUCUUUGAUUGGUCUUUGCAACGCUGCUCUUUUAUGGCCAAUUUGUUUGGCCCUUUAUUUUUCGGGUGCUGAGAGCGUAAAUUGGACUCGAUUACCAUGGGCAGCUCUUUUGUCAGCCAGCAUACUUCAUCUAGUUGCAAAUAUGUUAGGAAACUUCAGCAUCGCACUUACUUAUGAUCUAUUCAUUACACUUGGUCUGAUAACUGCUGUUCCUGUUUCUGCAGCUCUGGAUGUCGUUCUAUAUGGAGCGCACUUCAUGGGCAUGAAGCUGGCCGGAAUGAUCUUCAUUGCAGUCGGCUUCUUUCUCGUGAUGUUCCCAGACAACUGGCCCGAUUACAUAACAAGACUCCUUCGAAACAUUGUUAUCCUCAUGAGUUACAAUACAAGUACGACGCAGUGCCAGCCAAGAAGAACAACAGUUAGGAGCAGAACGAGUCAACAAUGGCAGUACAGGUUGAGGAGUUAUGGGGUUACGAGCUUGCAUGGGGAUGGACAAACCCUUCUCCCAAUGACUGCUAAUAACAACAACAACAAUAACAACAACAACAGCAAUAACAACAACACUGCCACCAGCUCAAACUUUAACAAUCGACAUGUUAACACAUCGUCUCAACAGAACAGCUCGACCCCAUCUUCCGAAUCCCAAUCGCACCGGUGUUUUCCUAUCCCAACCACGAUCUCAACCUCGACCUCGACCUCAACCGUCAUCGUCACCAACAACCAUCGUUGAUUGCUCAUCGGCGUCUGCUAGGACGCAGAAAGGUAUGAGAGAACAAGCACAGUUACACUCGGAUCAAGCUCACGUUCAUGGUCCAAAGUUUUAUACUAUAAAAUACUUCUGAUCUGAAAAAAGGACAUGUUAUAUAUUUAUUUAAAAAUGUAUCUAAUUAUUUACUUACUUUAUUUGUUUUUUUUUUCUUCCAAAUUGAUCAAUGUUCUCGUACAUGACACACGUUGACAAUUCUUUAUCCGAGACUGGCUGUAUUUGUAAUUUAACAAUCUCCAGUUCCCUCUACGAGAAGAUUUGAUUAUAUAAUAAUAUAGGAUGUAAUCUGAUAUUGAGAGAUUUACAGACCCAGUGUAAUGCUUUAAAUCUUCCUGUACUGUACAAGGACUACAUAUAUGGUAUCACUCUUUCACGUGUAAAUUUAAUACUAUACAAUAUAUGUAAUUCUUGUAUAGUGGACUAUUUAAAGUGUUAUCUAAUUUCAUAUAUUUUUUUGUUUACAAACUAUGAAAGAAAAUUUUUCAAUUAUUUUGUUGUAUGUACCUUCACAUUUUUUUGAAUAAUAAUUCAAAUAUGCAAUAGAUCAAAAUUAAGAUACUUUCAACAUUAGUAAGUAUUUUUUCGGAUUUUAAAUACUAAGCAGAGCUAGAAAAUGCUUGAAUUCCUUUUAAUUCCAAUAAUGCUAAUCGAGAGUUGUUUAGUAUGAAAAUGUUGUAUAAUUACCCUAUCAAAAAUUAAUUAUAAUAAGAUUGAUUUUAUUAACAAAAGUAAAAAAAAAAAA